AUGCUCGUUUCUUUGGAAUUACUAACAGCCUUUCUGGCUUGUUGUUCGACUGGAUAUGCCUUUCAAAUUCCUACAGAUAUACCUCUUUCUGAAUUGAUUUCUUCUGCAAAAGCCCACCUCGCACAGGGCUCACCCCGAGAUGCCGUGGUAUACUUCGAUGCCGCCGUCGCGCGCGAUCCAACCAACUAUAUCACCAUCUUCCAACGAGGCGCGGCUUAUUUGUCUAUUGGAAAAAAUUCCCAGGCCUCAACCGAUUUUGAUCGAGUUCUUGAACUCAAACCGGACUUUGAGGGCGCUCUUCUACAACGAUCGCGUCUAAAAGCACGCUCGGCCCACUGGCAGGAAGCUUUGCAGGAUCUCGACCGGGCUGGGAGAAAAUCGACUGACGAUUACAAGGAAUUAGAAACUGCGCGUGAUGCAGCCACCUUGGCUCUUAACGCUGAAAAGCAGGGCGCCUGGGAAACCUGCGUCUCGGAGGCAAAUGUUGCCAUCUUAAAGGCAAAUACGGCCUUACCCCUGCGGCAGGCUCGAGCCCGCUGUCAUUUUGAAAGAGGCGAGACGGAAGAAGGGCUCAGUGAUUUGGCACAUGUCCUGCAAAUGUCCCCAAGCUUAGUUGAGCCUCACUUGCAAAUGUCGUCCAUGUUAUUCUACUCCCUGGGAGAUAGUGACCGUGGCCUUGCUCAAAUCCGCAAGUGUCUGCAUGCCGAUCCCGACUCGAAACCUUGUAACCGUCUCUAUCGACGCGAGCGGAAGCUUGCUAAGCAACUCGAGAAAUUGCAUGUUGCCCUGGGGGCGCGCAAAUUCAGCAAUGCCGCAAACCUCAUGGUGGGCGACAGCGAAUCCAGUGGUCUGAUUGCAGACAUCAAGACCGAUGUCGAAGAGGCAAGGCAAGCUGAUCAUAUCCAUCGCCUGGCACCAAACAAUCUUUAUACAUUCUUGAUCGAGAAAACCUGCGAGGCUUACCGGGAAAUGCGUAUGAUCAAAAAGGCUGGCCCUUAUUGCGCUGAGGCUGUCCAACUUGUUCCUCACUCGCUUGCCGGACUCUUAUAUCAGGCCCAGAUCGCUUUGGAUGAAGAUCGAUUCGAAGAUGCCAUACGCACACUUGAUUCGGCCAAGGAACACCACCCUAGUUCUCAAGAAGCACAAUCUCUCCACCAAAAGGCCCAGACUCUACUUAAGCGUUCCAAGCAAAAGGACUACUACAAAGUCCUGGGGAUCAGCCGAGAUGCGGAUGAUCGGACGAUCAAACGCGCAUAUCGCCAACUAGUGAAACAACAUCACCCUGACAAGGCCCAUGCCCAAGGUGUAAGCAAAGAAGAAGCAGAGAAGAAGAUGGCGGCCAUCAAUGAAGCCUAUGAGGUUUUAUCGGACUCUGAACUCCGGACACGGUUCGAUAACGGCGACGAUCCCAACGAUCCUGAAUCGCAGCAGCGAGGUAAUCCGUUCCAGGGCAACCCCUUUGGCGGUCAGCAGUUCUUCUUCCAACAGGGAGGCUUCAAAUACCCAGGCGGAUUUCGCUGA